AUGUAUUCCUCUAAAACUCAGGGAUCGAGCUACGAUUAUGGAAGAUCUGUAUGUUCCGAGCCAUGUGGCGGAUAUUCUGGGGGACCGUCUGUCUCUUUUGAACCUUCCUGUGGCACUGUGGGAUCAUCCUGCCACUCGAUGAGCCCACAACUUGAGGGGGGCUGCUGUGCCACACCUCCACAGAAGUACUGUCCCCCAAUGCAGAAGUACUGUCCCCCAAUGCAGAAGUACUGUCCUCCAGUGCAGAAGUACUGUCCCCCAAUGCAGAAGUACUGCCCUCCAAUGCAGAAGUACUGUCCUCCAGUGCAGAAGUACUGUCCUCCAGUGAAGAAAUGCUGCCCUCCAGUGCAAACUUAUUGUCCUCCAGUGAAGAAAUGCUGCCCUCCAGUGCAAACUUAUUGUCCUCCAGUGAAGAAAUGCUGCCCUCCAGUGCAAACCUAUUGUCCUCCAGUGAAGAAAUGCUGCCCUCCAGUGCAAACCUAUUGUCCUCCAGUGAAGAAAUGCUGCCCUCCAGUGCAAAGUUACUGUCCUCCAGUGAAGUGCUGCCCUCCAGUGCAAACUUAUUGCCCUCCAGUGCAAAAGUACUGCCCACCAGUGUGCACAUCCAUUGGAACUCCUGGGAUCUGCCAAGUGAAGAUGUGA